AUGGAGGUGGAGGAGAUUAAAAUGGGGAAGCCCGAUGGAAAAGUGGCUGAACCUGGGAAAAAGGUCAUGAUGAGGUACAUCGGCCGCCUCAAGAAGAACGGCAAGGUCUUUGACUCCAACCUCACGCAUCCCCAACCGUUUGCUUUCCGCCUUGGCGUGGGGGAAGUGAUCAAGGGUUGGGACAUCGGCGUCAAAGGCAUGCGAAUUGGCGACAAGAGGCGUCUCACCAUCCCUCCUGCCCUUGGGUACGGCUUUCGAGGGGCCCCGCCCAAGAUUCCCGGCAACGCCACUCUCGAGUUUGACGUGGAACUCAUUGGCGUCAAGUGA